UGUGCAUCGGACGAAAUGGAAAGAAAGUCUGUAUGCAGUCUAAGAUUGAUUAAUCAGCUUGUGAAAUCUUGAUUUGUUAUGGCUUGGAAAAAUCGUAAAAUACAGAAAUCACAAAAUGGAUACAUACAAGCGGAACAGAUUAAUGGCUCUUAUCCUCGGAACGAUGGUAAUAUUGACCGUGCUGAUGGGCAUAAUUGCAAUCAUUUAUUACAUCCACGAGGAUUCUUUGCCACCGAUUGAAAGGGCGAAAUUUAUUUUGGAAAGAUCUCCACUGAUCGAUGGACACAAUAAUUUGGCAUACAACAUUCGGAGAAUGGUGUUCAACGAUUUAAGAAAAGUGGAUUUGAAAGCCAACUUAUCACAAACUGAACCUUGGAAAUCAUUGAAUACUUCUCAGACAGACAUACAACGCCUGAAAGACGGACAUGUCGGGGGACAGGUUUGGGUGGCACGGGCCGACUGUGAAUCUCAGUACAAAGACGCCGUACCCAUUACACUAGAACAGAUUGAUGUGAUAAAACGUUUUCUUGACUCGAACAGUGAUGAUUUUCAGUUAGUCACUACUGUAGAAGAAUUUGAGAAAGCCCGAGAUGAUGGGAAAAUCGCGAGUUUCAUUGCAGUGGAAGGAGGUCACAGCAUUCAAUCGAGUUUAUCCGUGCUUCGCCAAUACUACGACUUGGGCGUUCGGAUUUUUACUUUGGCACAUACUUGCAGCACACCAUGGAUCGAUUAUUCGCGAGCAGAUCACUCUAAUAAAAGCUUGAGAAUUGUGUCCUACAGUCACGGGAUAUCACAUUUUGGAGAGGAUGUCGUACGGGAAAUGAACAGACUCGGAAUGAUAAUUGACAUGACACAUUCCUCAAUUGGGGCUGUUGUUGACGUGAUGGCGGUUUCAAAAUCGCCCAUAAUUUUUUCGCAUUCUGCAGCAAGAACUUUAUGCGAUACUGAUACGAACGUAGGGGAUGCAAUUUUAAAAACCGUAAGGCAGAAAGAUGCGCUGGUGAUGGUUAGUUUUGACUCGAAUCAAAUAAAAUGCGAUGGAACUGACGCAACCAUCCAUGACGUAAUUAAGCAUAUCGAGUACAUCAAGAAUCGAGCCACUGUUAACAACAUUGGGAUAGGCAGCAACUUUGAUGGAAUUGAAAAGACUGUGCGGGGACUGGAGGACCCUUCAAAGUUCCCCGACCUCUUUGCCCUCUUGGUGGAGUCCGGUAAAUGGCACUCUUUCGAAUUGGAGCAGCUAGCAGGCAAAAACUUUCUCCGCGUUCUUGAGGAGGUUGAAAAGGUGAAGGAAGAUUUAAAGAACGAGGAACCAGUUCAGGCAUUUCAAAAGAGGUCAGAAAUCCGAAAAUAUUGGGAUCGAGGCAAUUGUACAUCUCCGAGCUCUUUUGUUGAUCCGUCGUCAAGCAUUCCAACCCUUCCAACCCUGUACACAUAUCCCCAGAAUGAGAAUAAAGAUCCGUUUGGCCGAUGAAAUAAUAAAAAUAAUAAAAGACUCCAAUUUCAAAC